UGCCGAGUGCAUCUGACCAAUGUUAAAACGCCUCAUGCAGACACCCCUUUUGAAGCGUAUAAAAAAAACAUGGCCUUUCAACUGUCCAAUAGUAAAGAUCAUACUUGGGCAGAGACUCUGACACCAACAUGUCCCUCUUCCUCCUCUUCUUCUUUGGUCUGGCUCUUGGUGCUGUGUCUCCUUCUGAUGACCAUCCAGUGUAGCUCCACCAGGGAGACUGUCCCAUGUUCUGGUUCAGUUUCAACGGUCGAUGCUACAAGUACGUCGCCACACGUAUGACCUGGGCGGAUGCAGAACUCCACUGUCUGUCAGUGGGAGCCAACCUGGUGUCUCUCUACAGUCUGGAUGAAGACAAUUUCGUCAAAGACCUGAUCAAGAACUUUGACCCGGCUCAGGGAGCGACCUGGAUCGGACUCACUGACACCCAGAAGGAAGGAGCAGGGAUGUGGUCUGAUGGGUGCGCAGUCAACUUUGUCAUGUGGCUUGCAGGAGAGCCAAACAACAGCAGUGGAAAUGAAAACUGUGGACGCAGAAACAUUGGCACAGAACAGAAAUGGAAUGAUUUUUCGUGUGCUUACACACUGUCAUUUGUCUGUGCAUCUCGCACAAUUUGUCCUUAGCAAGUGAGAAGGUUGUGUCUGAUUCAAAGUUUUAACCCUCCUCAUGUUGCUCUGCAUUUUCUCAUGAAUAAACUGACAAAAAAGGAUUGUUUGAUGAUGAUAAUGUUCUGUCUUUCACACAAAAUCAAAACACUUUUGGACUUUGACAAUACAUUUUUUAAGUCCACCACUUUACACUGUCCCGAGAUGAUGUGAAGAGUUAAACAUUAAAACUUUAAAAAAUUAACAUAGGAUUUUGGUAUUCUUGAACUCUACAAGAGUUUAAUAAUUGAUUUCACCUUGAAAAAAGAAGGCCCCUUAUAGUCACCUAACACCCUUUCACAUGAAAUUUUGCCCUAUUUAAAUAGAGCCAUCAGCAUAAGGGUAUCAGGAGUUUUGGGGGUUUUCCAAUAAACAGCUCAGUGCCAAAAAAAGGACUUGAUUUAAGGUACAAAGGGCAAAUUGGAUUGAAAAGUAACUGAAAUUUGUAGGUGGACUUAACUGUGUCAUGUAGUCAUUGGGGCAGAGUACAUUUUUUCUUUCUUUGUUUCAUUCUUUCUUUUUUCAUGUUAUUGCUUGAAUUUUAUUUCCUUUUUACAUUUGUGACUUCUCAUGGGACUGUGAUAUUUUUAUGUGCCAGCAGAUAUUGAUAAUUUUACAUUGUGCUUGAAAUAUUUAAACCCUCUGUCA